CUCCUCACCCUCUCUCUCUCCCUCUCCCCCAGUCACUGCAAUGGCAACAUCUCUCGACUCAUCACCCUCCCCUCUCCGACUAAACCAGGAGGCCGCUAGUGAACCUAUGGCUUCUUCUUCUCCGCCUCUGUUCAGCCCUUCUUCCGAUAAGCGUUUCUGGAGCAAUCUCCGGAACAGGAUGGACACCAUUCUUGAUGAUCGUCAUCCCAAAAUCUCCAACGAUGAUGAUUCUUCUACUCACACUCUUGCCCGUGAGAGUGAAAAAUCUAACAGGUUGAAGGAAGGUUCUUUGCUGCUCAUCAGGGGGUUUGACUCCAUCGCCCACACUCUCUCUCUGCUUUCAAACAAUUUGGACAAUGCCUUACAGGGAGCCAGAGAAUUGGGUCAACCGCCCACAUUGACCGACAUAUUCCAGAGCAAACAUUACAAGGGUGAGAGUAAAGAAACCGAAUCAGAAGAGAAAAAGAAAGAAGACGAAUCUAAAAAAGGAGCAAAAAGGAAGUAUGAUCCGAGUGAGUUGUCAGAAGUCACUGCGGAUGACUCCCAGAAGGCAAAUGAAGGAAGAAACAGAAACAAAAACCUGAAGAAAGCCAAAAAUCUUGCAGUUUUAAUGGCAAGCAAAGCAGCCUCACUUGCCAGAGAAUUGAAGUCUAUAAAGUCAGACUUGAGCUUCUUGCAAGAAAGAUGUGCUCUGCUUGAAGAGGAGAAUGGCAGGCUGCGUGAUGGGUUUGCUAAAGGAAUAAGGCCAGAGGAAGAUGAUCUGGUGAGGCUUCAACUUGAAGCAUUACUUGCAGAAAAAUCCAGAUUGGCCAAUGAAAACGCAAAUCUGAUAAGAGAAAACCAGUGCCUGCAUCAGCUAGUGGAGUACCACCAACAUACAUCUCAAGACCUCUCGGAAUCAUACGAGCAGGUCAUCCAGGGAAUGUGCUUGGACUUCUCGUCUCCGUUGCCAUCAAUUGCCGGAGACAAAGAAGAAGAAGAAAAAGGAGAUGAUGAUGAUGAUUGUAAGACGAAAGCAUUUCAAACGCCUAGGAGCGACCUCUUCGAGUUCCCUUCACUUGACAAUGAGGGCAGUCAUGGGGAUGAUGAGAAAAACUGAAAAAUUGAGGAUCGUCUUUCUUCAAAACCCUUAAAUUUUAUAGUAAUAUAUUGUAUUCCUCUUCAAGUUCUCUGUUUCGCUUGAUGACGAGAGCUAUCAUGAGGUGGGUACGGAAAUUUUCAGGCAUCACCGUUAAUCUUAGAUGCCAUAAUAUUCAAAUAUUGUACUAGUAAUAAAUCAAACUUAUAAAUUAUUGACAUUA